AUUGAAGCUGUACUGGGCCAUUCCACUCCAAAUCCAAGCAGCAUUUGCCGCCAGAUAGGUAACCGUAAAACGACAAAGUCCACCACCAACACGGCUUCCCAUCUCUCCUGUGACUUUACUAACCUUCUUCAACCUUCGCUUUCACACACACACACUCUCUCCUCUGCUCCUUGGAUCUCUCCUCCCAUGUCCCAAAAACAACCAACGGUCACAUUUCCACCACCCUCGUAAUAACCUUCUCCAAAUUCCCUACGAAGACUCCGCAAUCUCUAGUUGUUACCAGUUUCUUUUUCUUGAUUAAAUCAUGUCUGGGUAUCUGCUUCUGCUACUAGUUGCUUUCUCGCUUCCGCUCUCUUUGAGGGGCCAAAACGGCUUAGCGCCAAGGGAUCUGUGGUGCGUUGCUAAAAACAACGCCGACGAUCAAGCCUUGCAGGCAGCCAUCGACUGGGCGUGCGGGCCCGGUGGAGCUGACUGUGGCUCCAUCCAGCAAGGGGGACCUUGCUAUGAUCCUAAUGAUAUUCAGAAAACGGCGUCUUGGUGUUUUAAUGAUUAUUACUUGAAGCAUGGCUUGACUGAUGAUGCAUGCUCCUUUAGCAACACUGCUGCUCUCAUUUCCUUAAACCCUAGUCAUGAUAAUUGCAAAUUCCCUUCCAGCCUAUCCGUGAACAAUGGCAUCGUUUCUGGUUCCACCACCACCACAACAACAAUCGGAAUGGGGCCAGACACUGCAGAUUUGAGCGGAUGUAGUAAGAUUUCUGGCUCGUGGUUUUGGCCCAUAAUCACCAGUCAUCUGUUUGUUGUGCUUGCGACAAUAAUUAGAGUAUAGUAGAGACCUGCGAUUGAUUCUUUAUUCAUUUAAGCGGUUUUCAAGUGAAAUUGUUGAGUCAAAAGCAAAGGCUUUUGUUCAUAAGAGAGGCCUUUACCAUUUAGCAUUUGAUCCAUCGCGUAUUUCUUGUUCGGUGAGUUCUGGGGAAUCCUCUUCCAGUCUUUGUUUUCUAUCUGUAACUUAGCUUUGUAACUCAUUAGCAAAAUCAAGAAUAUUCAGGUCUUGUAUCCCUUUUCUCAGAAAGCAGUUUUUGAAGCUUGGAAAUCAAUCUCCUAUUAUUUUA